AUGUUCGUCGCAAAAACUGGGAGAUUACCCACUCCAGCGGUGUCCAGGGCCGAGAAUUUCGUGCAUCAACUCCGGUGCUGCCGGGAUCUCUCUCGCGGGAAGCAAAUCCACUCGCGCAUCCGGGAUUUGGAUCAUCGCCCCAGCACAUUUGUGAUGAAUCACACAAUCCAAAUGUAUGGGAGGUGUGGGAGCACCAAAGAUGCACUCGCUGUCUUCACCGCUAUCGAUCAUCCGGAUGUUUUCUCCUGGAAUAUGAUGCUCCAGGCAUUUGCCACGAAUGGAGAACUGGGCAGCGCACGAGAUCUCUUCGCGGAGAUGCCAGAUCGAACCACUGCUUCCUGGAACACCAUGAUCAGCGCCUACGUCCGCCAGGGAUUGCCGAGUGAGGCGAUCGCUUUGUUCCACCGGAUGAAGAACCCUAGUGCUGUGACAAUGACCUCCAUGAUUGGGGCAUUUGCCCAGAACGGGGAUUUGUGCAAGGCCAGGGAAAUCUUCGAUAGAAUGGAUCAGCGCUGCGUCAUCGCGUGGACAACGAUGAUCAAGGAGCUCGUCUGGAGUGUAGAUCUUCUCGACGAGGCACUGGCUCUCUUCCAGCGGAUGCCGAGCCACGAUGUGAUUUCCUGGAACGUUGUUCUUGCAGCGCACGCUCAGAGUGGAGAUCUCGAUCAAGUGGAAGCGAUGUUCUUGGCGAUGCCGGCGAGAAACGGGGCGUCCUGGAACGCGCUGAUUGUCUGCUACGCGCAGAUCAAAUCCAUCGAUGCGGCUAUGGAAAUCUUCGAGCUGAUGCCUUGCCACGAUGCCGUGGUGUGCGCGACGCUGAUCAUGGCGAGUUCCAGCGCUGGAAAUCUAGAGGAAUCGGAGAGGAUCUUUGCGAACAUUCCCGAUCGAAAUCCCGUGUGCUCCAAUGCGAUCAUCGCUGCGUAUUGCCGCUGUGGAGAUCUGGUGAGAGCUAGAGAGCUGAUCGAGGAGAUGCCCAAUUCCAUCUCUUGGAAUUCUCUCCUUUGCGCCCAUGCCCAGAGAGGGAACCUUGUAGAGGCAACACGAAUCUUUCAACGUCUGGAAUUUCCCAGCUUGGAAUCGUGCACGGCUAUGAUCAGAGCUCUUUCUCUGCGUGGAAAGAUCGACGACGCAAAAGCAGUGUUCGAUAGAAUUCCAUUCCGGAAUCUGGCGGCGUGGAAUGCCAUGGCGUGGGCAUUUGCGCUGCGAGGGCUUGUUCUCGACGCCAAGAACACGAUCCAGCGAAUGCCACGGCAGGGUCUGGUGUCGCGCAAUCUGAUGCUGUCGAUCUACACGCAGGAGUCGAGAUUAUCCAUCGACGAGGCGAGAUCAGUGUUCGAGGAGAUGCCGGCUCGAAAUAUCGCUUCCUGGACAGCGAUGAUCCAGUGCUGCUUCAUGGCCGGGGCUCUGGAUCUCGCCAAGGUGCUGUUCCAGAGGAUUCCAUCCCGGGACUCAGUCGCGCACGCAGCGAUGAUCACUGGUUUCGUCGACAAGGGUGAGAUUAUCGACGCCAAGAAGGUUUUCGAUGGAAUGCCCAGCCAGGAUCUGCUGCCGCGGACUGCAAUGCUUGCCGGAUUUGCGCGGCACGGGCUUGUGUCGGAUGCCAGACGCUUGUUCGAUGAGAUUUCUAUCCCUUCCUCGCCCCAAGAUCCUGUUCUUUGGAGCGCGAUCAUCGCGGCAUACUCCUACAAGGGGCAAUCCAACGAGGCAAUCGGCCUCUUCCACGCGAUGAAGCUCGAGGGCGUUGAUCCGGACGAGGUCACAUUCAUGAGCAUUCUCCAUGUGUGCAGCCACGACGGCCUCUUGAGCCAAGCGUGGGAGAACUUCCUGUCGAUCGCUGCCGAUCACGGCAUCCAGCCAGUGCAAGAACACUACGCGUGCAUCGUGGAUCUUCUCGGACGAACAGGGCGAUUGCGAGACGCCGAGGAGCUCAUCGAUUCCAUGCCGUUCCUGCCCGAUCCCGGCGCCUGGGGGAGCUUGCUCGGAUCAUCUGGCAUCCACUGUGACGAAGAACACGGCGCAUCCGCCGCAGAGAAGGUCCUGGCCAUGAACCCUAAAAGCCUGCGAUCGGGAUUGGAACUCCGGACCGCGGAUCCCAAACACACAUUCCAAAGCGGCUCAGGAUCCAAGGCUUUAAUUAUCAGUAAUUGGGAUUGGCGCAAAGCGGUUGGAUUGGAUCCGGGCGAUGGAUUAGGGCAGAGGGAGAGGAAGAGAGAGCGAUAG